AUGGAUAAACUCCCACAAGAGGUAGUCGACGCCAUCGCGGCUCACCUGUUCCCCCCGCUGGUGAACCGUGAACCCCACAGGCACUGGUUCUUCUCCAACGACGACGACAACCAGACAGGCCACAAUGUGCUCAGCGCAGCACCCUACGCCACCAUCUCGGCGCCGUGGCAGCGCGCGGUUGAGGCCCUGACCUUUCACUCGCUGACGCUCUUCAACCACCAAGACGUCUCCGACGCUGAGCAGCAUCUGAGGCGCAACGACCAUCGCAGGAACUGCGUGUUCCAUCUCAGAGUCGACAUCAACAUCGACCGGUCGACAAUCGUGGAGCGCGAGGCCCUGUGGGUGAGCUACACGGCGGAAACUAUCCGCGGGAAGCUGUAUACCUGGAGAGACCAGCAGAUUGUUCAUGAGCUUCGCAGGAUGGUUGAGUUCAUCAACCUCUUUUGGCCACCUACCACCGGCACCGACUCUAUGUCGUCAGUCCCAGCCCGUCCUCUGAGCUUACUCAUCUACUUCGUCGAUAUCCAAACCAGCUGGGAUAGAAACCUGGAACACUGUCCCACGGAAGCACCAUCCAACUUGAGGGAGCUGCCCGUGUGCCCGGCAGUGACGGCUCUCGAAAUUUGGUACCCCCAAAAUGCAAACACCGUAGGGCUGUGGAGCCCAUGUGUUUGUAGUCCGCCAUGCUCAACCUCAACGCGCGUUCGGCCUACGUGGCUCCUGGAGUUUGGAGCCAAGUUCCCUUCUGUCCACAAGAAAGGCGGGUUGUCGGACACUCAGACCUGA